CUCUCUCAUCUUUUUACAUUUUGAUCUCACUAUUUAUAACUAUAAACUAACUCACACACACAAACACACAUCUAUAUGGUCUGCAUCUUGCUCGCAUAUCUAUAUAAUUUGUACCUGAAUACACCUCUCGCCGACCAUUUCUACUCCAAACAAAAACUACCACAAAUUCAGCUCGUUUCUCUCUCAUCCGAUCGUCUGCUCUCUCUCUUCUUUCUCUCUCUAGUUUUCUCUUUCUAUCUCUAAGUUUCUUUGCAAGUUUUCUGAGUUAGGAUUGCGGGUGAAAUGGGCCAACAGUCUUUGAUCUACAGCUUCGUCGCUCGAGGGACAGUGAUCCUUGCAGAUUACACAGAAUUCAAGGGCAAUUUCAUGAGCAUCGCCUCUCAAUGCCUCCAAAAACUUCCCUCCACCAACAACAGAUUCACCUACAAUUGCGAUGGCCACACCUUUAAUUACCUCGUCGAAAAUGGCUUCACUUAUUGUAUUGUUGCAGUUGAGUCUGCUGGCAGACAGAUUACCAUUGCCUUUUUAGAGCGAGUUAAAGAUGAUUUUAACAAGAGAUAUGGUGGAGGGAAAGCUGCAACUUCUGUUGCCAAUAGCCUUAACAAGGAAUUUGGGCCCAAACUGAAGGAGCAGAUGCAGUACUGCGUGGAUCAUCCAGAAGAGAUUAACAAGCUUGCGAAGGUGAAGGCUCAGGUUUCUGAAGUCAAGGGAGUGAUGAUGGAAAACAUCGAGAAGGUUCUUGACCGUGGAGAGAAGAUUGAGCUGCUUGUGGAUAAAACUGAGAACCUUCGCUCACAGGCACAAGAUUUUAGACAACAAGGGACCAAGAUUAGGAGGAAGAUGUGGAUCCAGAACAUGAAGAUAAAACUAAUUGUCAUCGGUAUCGUUGUUGCCUUGAUUCUCAUAAUUUUUAUGUCUAUUUGCCGUGGCUUCAGUUGUUUGUCUAAUAACUAAAUCACUCCAUUUUCUUUAUGCUAGCCUUUUAGGAUGGUGAGGGCAUGUAAUUUUUGAUUGGCUGUAUAGUUGAUAUUCAGGAAUGGUAUAAAUAGCUGCCAUGGGACUUUGGGUUCCAUGUUAUUAAACAUUUGUUCAGCAUGCAAUGAAAGAAUAUGUUGAUUCAGUGCUCCCGAACAUAGCAUGAAUGUUUUUCUCUUUUUAUUUUCCUUUUACUUUGUUCUUUCUUUGCUUUUUCUUCCCCUCAUCCCGGUCUUGUGCUGCUAAAUGGUUCGUAAAAUUGGUUCUGUAGUUUGUAUAUGAAAGGUUGUUAUUCUUUUAUGGGACAAUGCUCCUGGUAAUAGAAAAAAUGAAUCUGUAAGAAAUAUUUCAUUAGGUGAAAGGG